AGUCAUAGUGGUGAAGUUCGUUUUUUUUCCCUCAACAUUCUAGCUGCUGUCAGUACCUUUGCUGGGGAGCGCUUGACGAGAGUUUACUUGUCCUUCCUUGCUGUUCUUUCUGGGGUUUCCUUGUUUCUUUUUGUGAUCAGCUUCCAGAUGGCCCAGCAGUGCAUCCAAAACGAGUAUUUUGACAGAUUGCUUACUGCUUGCAAACCGUGUCACCUUCGAUGUUCUAACACCCCUCCUCCACCUUGUCAACAUUAUUGUGAUGCAAUGAAAGGAACAAAUGCGGUUCUCUGGACCUGUCUGGGCCUGAGCUUGAUCGUUUCUUUGACGGUUUUCGUGUUGAUGUUCUUGCUAAGGAAGAUGAAUUCGGAACCAUCCAAGGACGAACGUAAAAACACAGGCUUGGCUCUCCAGAACAAGGAGAAUGCUGACCAGGAGGAGGGCUGUGCUAGCAGGAAUGGCGAGGAAGUUCCCUCGAGGGGCCUGGAGUAUACAGUGGAAGAAUGCACCUGUGAAGACUGUGUCAAUUCUGAAUCAAAGGUUGAUUCUGACCAUUUCUUUCCACUCCCAGCUAUGGAAGAAGGUGCAACUAUUCUUGUCACCACAAAAACAACUGACUACUGUAAUAGCCUGCUGGCUAGUGUCACAGAGAUGGAGAAACCCAUUUUUACCAGAUAAUUAACCGUUUCAAUGGUUGUAGAGCAGCUUUGAAAAUUGUAUGAUGGAAGGAUGAUGAUGUAUCAGAUCUCUUUAGGAUGAUUGUAUAUAUCGAUUGCCGAUAGAGCUUUUUGUCCUGUAAUUCUAGAAAAUCUUUAUGUUAUAUGGACUUCACUACCUUAUUGAAAUUCCUUGGUUUCACGAUUAAAUUCUUGACUCACCGAAAAAAAGCGCUGCAGUGUGUAGAGCCCGUGGUCCCACAUUUCUAUGGCUAGUUCCCUGGUCUCCUAUAUACACACAUAGAUACUUCAGGCUUUUCUCUCUCUAAUGAAAGGAAAUCAAGGUGAUCCUAUGUACUCCUGGAGAUAGGAGAUGCCUAGAGUCAGCCACACAAAUUUAGCGUGCGAUGCAUGAGGGCAAGGCUCCUGACCUUGUGAGUGUUUAGUUUAAUGGAGACAUCAGGCAUUAUCACUGUCCCAUAAAUAAAUAUGUAAU